AUGAACGGUACAUUUACCAAAGUUUGGGAAUUAAAAAAAAAACAUGAAGUAAGAACAAAAAUAGAGUUGGGCGGCAAUAAUUGUGAUACCAUAAAUGAACCCCUAACUGUGGACCAGAACACACAAAAGAUAUUAAAGUACGUUAUAAGCAAACUUUCAAACAAUAAGAAAAUUAAUUACAAUGAAUUGAAUCAAUCAACCUUUCCGAAAAAUAGUUUUCUUCUUAACACAAUCCUUCAAGCAACAUCGAAGAACAAGGCAACCUACAAUAGAACAAUCGCGCUUUGGUGUCCAACCAUAAGCAGAUGUCAUCUUUCACCAGUCACUAUAGCUUCCAAAGAAAAAUUGGAGAUCAACAGAGAAUGUCAAGAUAUAUUAAAGGAAAUGCGUGCCAAAAGAAAUAUUUAUUUGUUAAGGCAUCGUUACUACCUCUCAAGAAAUUUUCAAAGAUAUAAUAUAGAGUAUUUGAGUAGAACGAAAACAAAAAAAUAUUUACUAAAUAAAACAACAUUAUUGGAACCGUGGAUCUCAAAACUUGAAGAAAAUUUCGGUUGCUUUACUACCGAAAAUCUCAAUAAUAUACCCGAUUGUCUUUUAUUUAUCCCAGAUGUCAUUACUUUUGACUAUAUCGGAAAUUAUAAUUUUAAGAAUUAUUUAAUACAGCAACCAAUUAAUUCAAUAAACGUUUACCAUAAAACAAAAAUCUCGAUAUUUCGAAGUUGGUCAUGUUCACAUGAUAUAUAUUUCCCUGAAGAUCAUUUUUAUAAUCUGGAAAGGUCGCUUCUUGAUGAUAAUUUCCAUGAAUUAGAGUUUUAUAUGAUUCGACUUAAAGCACAAAAAGGGAAAAAUAACAAAAGAGGCAAUUAUACCUGCUUUUCCAAAAGAACAAAAUUCAUUGUCUGGAAAUUGGAAAAAGUGUUACUGAAGAGCAUAGCUUGGGAUCCAUUCAAAAAAAUCAACCAAAAUCUUCGCCUUAUUAUCAAUGAAUUAGAAACUAUUACACCAACAACAUAUUCUAUUGAGACGGAUAAUGUUAGAUUUAAUUAUUUAAAGUCAAAUACUUUACAGUUAAUAGAUAUCCAAACUAAAAACUUCAAUAGUUACCAGUUUGGUCUGAAUGAUGUUCAAGAAAAUGAACCUACUAAAAGGAAAACAGAUAAAAAAAUCACAGACGUAACAUUGUCUAUAUUACAUGAGACUUCAUAUAAUUCAUCUUAUAAUGAACGGACAAUUAGCACAUCUCUGAUCCCUCAAAAAAGAUCAUUUCUAGAUCCUGAUCUUUUUAGUAUAAUCGAAAAGAAGAAAAAAAUGAAUAAGAAACGAAUUGGUGACAAUAAGUCAUCACAAUUUAUCACAAAAAAAAUUAAAGAGACAUUGAAUUUUGGGAUUAAUAAGGAAAGUUCCAUUAAUCACCCUAGUUCUCGCAAUUUUGAGAGUGGACACACCUUCAAACUUACAACGCCAAAUCCUCCAAUUCAAGUGCCAAAUAAAACUAUAAUUAUUAACACCGUUAAAUUACUAUCCAAUCAUACCAUUUUACAUGAACUUGUUGAAUACCGUAAGUUAAAUGUUAUCGAAAGAAAUAUUAACUUACCUUGCGAUUUCAUUUUAAGCACCAAUUGUUGCGUUGUGCGAAUUAAACUAGAGGUAUUUCAACAAUAUCACAAGGAUGGUACUUUAUUUUAUUCCUCUAUAUUUACAGAAUUGGUACGCUAUUUUCAGAAAAUUAUUGUAUUUAUUGAUUACAAUGAGCUCUCGGAACAGACUGAUCCUGACUUAUUUUGGAAAAUGGAAUCUUUUCUAAAUAUGAAACAAUUCAAACUUCAUAUAAUACCUGAAAGUGAAACGGAUACCAGCAAUAAGCUAAUAAUAUCAUACCUGUUGAAGUACAUAAAAUUGCUGUCUCAAUGUCUAAACAAAACUGUAUUCAAUAAUGCCAAAAAUAGUGAUGUAGAAUUUCUAACAGAGGUAACUCAUAAUCCACUUCUCUCAACUAAAAUUCUAGAAAAUUACACCUUAUUACAGUUUCUUAAGUUAGUUCAACGGUCUAAAACCUCAAAGGAUGAUGCUAUGCUUCAACAAUUAACUUAUUGUCAAUGGAAAUCAAUUAAGAAUUUAUUGUGUGUCACCUGGUGA